GGAACUCCCUGUCGGCGGAGUGCAGUGAUAAGGACCACCUGAUCCAGCCUACCCCAAUUCUCAAGCCGUCGCUUUGGAGCAACAGACCCCAAACGCCUACCCCAAUUGUACCAUCCAACUCUCUCCCCUCGACCAUUGAGGCGCUCUUAUUAGACGACAUUAAGGCAGCAAAGACAAGAUGCCUUCUUCACGCUUACUCAAUCGUCUCCCGUUGCGGCAGACGGUAUUUCGAAGCUCAAUAUUCCCUGGACAGCGUCCGUUAUCACAACAACUCAGAAUGGCCUCAGGACUGGCGCGCAAAUAUGAGAUCAACGCCGACAUGGGCGAAGGCUUCGGCCGCUGGAAGAUGGGCCCGGACGAGGAACUGAUGCCAUACAUCGACGCCGCCAACAUUGCGUGCGGAUACCAUGCCGGCGACCCUUCCAUCAUGCUCAAAACCGUUCGCCUGUGCAAGAAGCACGGCGUCAAGGCCGGAGCCCACCCGGGAUUACAAGACAUGUUCGGCUUCGGUCGCAGAAAGAUCGAGAUCGAUCCCAAAGACAUGUACGCCAUGGUGUUGUACCAGGUCGGUGCCCUCAAGGCCAUACUCAACUCGGAAGGCGUCGAAUUAUCCCAUAUCAAGCCUCACGGGGAGCUCUUCUUCUAUAUGCAAAGGGACGAGACCAUCAUGAGAGCCGUCCUGGAAGCUUGCGCCACGUUUGGGGACAACAUCCCGGUAUAUGCAUCGCAAAACGCCACACAAGAAGCCAUGUGUAAGGAGCUCGGCAUCCCGUUCCAAGGGGAAGUCUACGUUGACAUCGACUACUCUUCAGAGGGGAAGCUCAUACCGGUGGCACAGUCUAAGGUGGCCACGCCAGAGCUGUGUUACGAGAGGGCACUGUCUGCAUCACUCAAGGAUGAGGGCAAAGACAACAGCGGCGGCAUCUUUAGCUUUGGGUUUGCCGGAAAGCCGUUUAGCAUCUGCGUGCAUUCUGACCAUCCGACGGUGCUUCAAAAUGUAACCGGUGUACGCAAGGCAGUCGAGGAGGCGAAUAAGCAGAGGUUUCCUAAUGCUUCAGACUAGUUGUUUCUCAAUAUGAGUGUAAUAAUACUUCAAGGAGUGUCAAGAAGAUUUCGAUAUUGAUAUAAAAAAGGAAAUAUGAAAGAUACCUGCAGGUGUCGUUCUGGCAGAGGAAUUGAAAUCGAGCAGUUCUGCCAGCUGUCAAGCGUCAAGCUACCAGCUGGCGGGCUUGAGGCAGCGGACCUUUGCAGACCACUUAUCACGGCUUGUCUCC